AAGAAGCAUGGAUGAAAUUCUCUCUUCUCAGUUCCAGUUAUUCCUACCCUACUAAUCACCGCCCUUUACCACACGUACUCCUCGCGUCUUCUAUCACCAACUCUCCACCACCACCGUUCACGGCGGCGACACCACCACCACCGUUCACGACGGCGACACCACCACCGGGUAAAUGAUUUGAGCAGCAGAAACAAGAGAUGGGGGCGUCAUUGUCGAACUUGACCGAAGGGUCAAACGGUUCGGCCAACGGUGGACCAGGGCUCGGCGACAUACCGGAGAGUUGCGUGGCAUGCGUCUUCCUCUACCUGACGCCGCCGGAGAUUUGCAACCUCGCGCGGCUCAACCGCGCGUUCCGCGGUGCAGCGUCGUCCGAUGGCGUCUGGGAAUCGAAGCUGCCACUAAAUUAUAAAGAUCUGCUUGACCUAAUGCCUCCCGAGAGGCACCGAAAUAUGUCUAAGAAGGACAUCUUUGCCCUUCUCUCUCGCCCUGUGCCUUUCGACGAUGGUAACAAGGCAUUAUGGUUGGAUAGGGUUACCGGAAGGGUUUGCAUGUCAAUCUCGGCCAAGGGGAUGGCAAUAACUGGGAUUGAAGAUCGAAGAUAUUGGAAUUGGAUUGCUACUGAAGAAUCAAGGUUCCAUGUUGUGGCCUAUUUGCAGCAAAUAUGGUGGUAUGAAGUAGAUGGGGUGGUAAAGUUUCCUUUUCCUGCAGAUAUCUACACGUUGUCAUUCAGGAUUCACCUUGGGAAAUUUUCCAAAAGGCUAGGGCGGCGUGUCUGCAAUUUUGAGCACACCCAUGGUUGGGAUAUAAAGCCAGUACGAUUUGAGUUGUCAACUCCAGAUGGUCAGCAAGCAUCAAGUGAGUGCUGCUUAGAUGAGACUGGACAAGAUGAGGUCAAUGGCAACCACAAGCGUGGGUGCUGGAUAGAGUACAAGGUAGGUGAAUUCAUUGUUGAUGAGCAAGAUCCUGCUAAAGAAGUUAGAUUUUCAAUGAAACAGAUAGAUUGCACACACUCCAAAGGUGGCCUUUGUGUAGAUUCUGUAUCCAUUAUCCCCAGUAAUUUGAAGCAGCAGAGAAGAAGAGGGGUUUUGAAGUAGACACAAUAGGUAUGUUGUUUAGUAUUGUCAGUUUUCCCAGAAGGUUCUAGUGGGGUUUAUCAUACAGCUUAUGCUUCUGAAAGCAUUUGAUAUUGUCGAGGAUGCCAUCUUAAUUGUUUUUUUUAUUAGUCAUGUGUCCUCUAUGUCAUUGUAAUUUUUGCCAAUCUGCUUGUUGUUCAGUUUUGUUUAAUAUAUAACCCUUUGAUGAAGAUAAAGAAAAUAUGCUUUCAUUAUCACCA